AUGCAGCCGCCCGUCGGAGCGGGUAGACGCCAUCUCGAGCAGGGGGCGGGCUCGAACCCGAGGCGAAGCAGCCGCCGCGGGGCCGAACGCGGCGGCCGUUCCAUUCCCGAGCCCGACUGCUCACCGUGCUCUGACGGAAGGCAUCGCGGCGUCGCGCGCCGAAGUGAUGGUAUAUGCCGCCUGGACUUGCCGCUCGAUGAAGGCCUCGGCUCCAACGCCGCCCUGCUGCGCACCAUCGACGGGCUAAUGCAGUGCUCUCUAUUGGUGAAUGCAGACUUGAGCACCGAGCGCAUCCUGCAGCAGAUAAUGGAGGAAGCCAAGGCCAUCGUGGGCGCCGAGGUCGCCUCCGUGUUCCUCGUGGACGCGCCCCGUCAGGAGCUCUUCUCGAGGGUCAACUCCACCGGCGCCGAGAUCCGCGUGCCCGUGGGGUCUGGCAUCGUGGGCCACGUCGCCGCCAGGGGCGAGGCUGUGAUCACGGAUCCGAGACGCUUACACGGAUCCUCGUUUCCACAGGGCGGUGGACCUGGAAACCGGCUUCAGGAGACGCGCAGCAUCCUCUGCGCUCCGCUGAAGACCCGGAGGGGCUCGGUCAUGGGCGUGGUCGAGCUCAUCAACAAGACGUCCGACGGAGCCCUCCUGCGCAGCAGCCCUGAGGCCGAUGGCCACGAGGGCUUCACUCUCGACGACGUGCAGUUUGUCCAGGUCUUCGCCUCGCAGGCCGCCCUCGCCGUCGCCGGCAGCGAGGCGCUGCGCGGCGCC